AUGCUUAAAUCAUUUGUUUUUUUUGCAGCAGUUUUAGCACCAUCCAUCUUUGCUUUGCCUGAGCCACAGACCUCAGUUGUCAGAGACGGUCAAUAUGCCAAUUAUACCUUGAGUUAUGGCACUGAUAAAAUUAUUAGCUCAAAAGCAAUCUUUGAUAGUCGUGGAAAAUGGAAAGAAGAUUCAAAUGUUGAGCUCUAUGAUAUCAAGUAUACUGAUUCAUUCUCUGACACUGAUAUCAGUUUUGAUGGUUCCAGUUUCACCGCUAAUUGGAAAAUUGAAGACACUAAUCAACUAGUCUCAAUCUAUUUCCUUGCAAAGACAACUGAUGGUUCUGAUUUUGCUCAAGAUGUUGAGCUUUCAAUCACUGGAAAAUAUAAAGAGUGCGAUGAGUGUGAUGCUUAUAUCGCGUUACCUCGUUCUAUCAAGUCAUGA